AUGUCGAUUCAAAAAAGCUCAUCGAUCCCUUUAGUGGUCGAGAAAAAACUCAUCGAAAUGGUGAAACCCCCAAAACACAUACCUUCACAUACUCUUUCCCUUUCAACACUUGACAAUGAUCCAUACAACGAAGUUAUCUACAAGGCCUGUUACGUUUUCAAAGCCAGGAACGUCGUUGAUGAUGAUAACCAGCCGGGAUAUUUGGUUAGGGAGGCUUUGUCUCUUCUUCUUGGCUACUACUACCCACUUUCGGGGACUUUGAAGCGGCGCGAGACUGAUCGGAAGAUUCAGCUGAGCUGUGGCAGCGACGGAGGCGGUGUGGCGUUCACGGUUGCCACUGCAAACGUGAAGCUUUCUUCUUUGAAGUAUCUAGAGAACAUUGACUCAAAUACAGCCCUGAAGUUCUUGCCAGAGCUUCGAGUGGAUAAGGAUGGUUAUCCACCUUUUGCCUUGCAGGAUACAUAA